AUGCAGGGGGAUCAUUGGAAAAAAAAAAAAUACCAGCAGGGGAGAUCAGCAAUGGUUAUGAGACAUACUGGGAAAAGAACCAUGAAAGGUUAUCUUUCAAGGGAGAGAAUCAAAUUUGGCUUUGGAGUUCCCAUUCCAAGGCCACUUGCUUACAGUGCUCUCAUGCACAAAAUUGAAGAAAUCAAUGUUGGAGAGACCUUGUCAGUGAGAGAAACACUGUGCACUACCUUACCCAGGGAUCAACGAGUUGAUGGGGUCUACAGAGACUUAGAGACAAUGCUAAUUAUGCUUAGUAAAUUUUACUUUGAAACAAAUGAAUUUAGAAAGGACAAUGACAAACUUAAUUGGUUUGGUCACAAAGAAGGAUCCUUUAAAGUGGCAAUUGGGGGGGAUGGAGCACCCUUUGGGAAGUGGGAUGACUCAAUGUCCUGGUUGGUGAGUUUCUUAAAUGUUGGGCCAAGAGUGGCUAGCCCAAAUGACAAUUUUCUUUUAUUUGGUGCCAACUGCAAAGAAGACCACCCAUGUGUAGAGCAAUUUACUCUGCAAUUAACCUCCAAGAUUGAAGCAAUUGAGAAGAAAACAUAUACAGUGUCAGAGAAGCAAGUAACCUUCACUUUUGAACUGGUUCCCUCAGACAUGAAAUUUCUGGCUUUCCUUAAUGGGGAACUUAACAAUGCUGCCACUUAUUUUUCCAGCUUUGCAAAUGUAUCAAAAGAGGACUGUGUUACACUGAAUGGAAAAUUUGGGCUAACGAAUGAUUGCAAGUGGAAACCAUGGCCAUACAAAGAUAGAUUAAACAUUGCCAAACAGGUAGAAAGUUUUAAGGCAAAGCUUCCCUCCAGCCUUGCAGCCUCAACAAAAAGAACAAAAAUCACCAAAUUUAUUGCCAGUAAUAAAUCAAGGCAGGAAUUUCAGCCACUGAUUGGAAAGUUGUGUGAUAAAGAGGUUGUAGAGCCCCUUCACCUUAAAACCAAUGGGGUACAGCAUUUACACACAAUGCUAUUAAACCUAGCAAUUUCUUCAAGUAACCUCCCACAGAAGAUCUCCAGCCUAUCAGACCUAUCCCCAGCAUGUGCAAUGUCAAGGUACAUGAAGGCACUAGAGUGUGAUGUAAAAGCUGGACGUUUGAAAAAGCAGCUAGGAAAGUGGAUGCUGGAAGAUAGGUCUAAGGACAAAGACUUUUCUUACAGACUGACUGGAAAGGACUCAAGACUUAUUUUGCAUGGGUUUAUGUACCUUGUGAAUGCCAUCAGGGGGGAUUGA